AUGACAAAAUGGAGCAGAGACAGGCUGGACGACUACAUACUUCUACCUGCCGCUAACGGCUACGUCUCUCGCGACACAUGUUUCUUCGUCAGCCACUUUUGGCACUCAAAAGAUGAUCCAGACCCCGAGGGGGUAUCUCUUCGCCUGCAUCAAGAAUCACUCGGGCCGCAGAGCUGGAACUACAUUUGGGUAGACUGGACGUGCACGCCCCAAUCUCCCCGGACACCAGCGGAGGAGGUAUACUUUGCUAGCACGCUGCAGACCAUGUCGGCCAUCAUCCGGAACGCAGCCUUCACCUGGUUCUACCCGCCCUUCGAGCCGCGCCUGUGGAUCCUCUACGAGGUCGCCGAAUACGCUCUUACCUGCGAUGGUGGAAUUGAUCUGUUCCCAGACAUCAAGGAGUAUCUGAAACACGUGGAUGAGAUGCUCACGAACGGGGUUCGCACGACGCUGGAGAAACAUGGGUACCGAUCUACGUACGAGAGUGACAAGGAGUUUCUCGUAUCCUGGCUGGAGCUGCUCAUGCUGACGAAGAAGCUGCGCCUCGACACGCUGGAUAUCAGGCAGUUGUUUGAUAAUCUGACGUGGCAUCGCAUGGCAGGGACUCUCAUAUGUAACACGACUCGGGGUACAUUGCACCUGUGUCGAUUUGAGGGCGUCCUCGAGCUGAAUGGAGUGCGGCAUACGUUCACGCCGUUUCCUAACUGGGUAUUUGCGAACGGAAAGCUCACCCUGGAGAGCAAGCCUAGCCGGGAUAAGACUCUUACUACAGCCAAUUUACACUGA